AGGAGGCGGCGGCGGCGAGGAGAAACCGAGGGAGGGCGACGAGAGGAGGCCGGGCCGGCGGCGGCGGGAGAGGCCGAGCGAGCGCUUUCGAGGUCCGGGAUGCCCUACAAGCUGAAGAAAGAGAAGGAGCCUCCAAAGUCUACUAAAAGCACUACGAAAGCCAGUAGCAGCAGUGGCAGCAGCAGCGGUGGUGGUGGUGGUGGCAGCAGUGGCACUGGCAAAGAUGGAGGCACGGAGAAUUCAGAAGAGGUCCAGCAGCAGCAACAACAGCAGCAGCAGCAGACCUCGAAUAAGCGACCCAGCAACAGCACCCCCCCACCAACCCAGCUGAAUAAGAUCAAGUAUUCAGGGGGACCCCAGAUUGUAAAGAAGGAGCGGCGGCAGAGCUCCUCCCGCUUCAACUUAAGCAAAAACCGGGAACUCCAGAAGCUCCCUGCCCUUAAAGAUGCACCUCCUCACGAACGGGAAGAGCUCUUCAUACAGAAGCUGCGGCAAUGCUGCGUCCUCUUCGACUUUGUCUCUGACCCACUCAGUGACUUGAAGUUCAAAGAGGUGAAGCGAGCGGGCCUCAACGAGAUGGUGGAAUACAUCACACACAACCGGGAUGUUGUCACAGAGGCCAUUUACCCCGAAGCUGUUAUCAUGUUUUCAGUAAAUCUCUUCCGUACGCUUCCCCCGUCGUCCAAUCCUACGGGAGCAGAAUUUGACCCUGAGGAAGAUGAACCUACGCUAGAAGCUGCUUGGCCACACCUCCAGCUGGUUUAUGAAUUCUUUCUGAGGUUCCUGGAGUCCCCAGACUUCCAACCAAACAUAGCCAAGAAAUAUAUUGACCAGAAGUUUGUAUUGUCACUGCUGGACCUGUUUGACAGUGAAGAUCCCAGAGAGCGGGACUUUCUGAAGACUAUUUUGCAUAGGAUUUAUGGGAAAUUCUUGGGCCUCCGAGCGUAUAUAAGGCGGCAGAUCAACAACAUAUUUUACAGGUUUAUCUAUGAGACAGAACACCAUAACGGGAUUGCAGAACUGCUAGAGAUAUUAGGGAGUAUAAUCAAUGGAUUUGCUUUGCCCCUGAAGGAAGAGCACAAGAUGUUCCUCAUCCGGGUCUUGCUGCCGUUGCACAAAGUGAAAUCUCUGAGCGUCUACCACCCCCAGUUGGCAUACUGUGUGGUGCAGUUCUUGGAGAAAGACAGCAGCCUGACCGAACCGGUGAUUAUGGGCUUGCUGAAGUUUUGGCCAAAAACACACAGUCCCAAGGAGGUGAUGUUCCUGAAUGAGCUGGAAGAAAUAUUAGAUGUCAUUGAACCCUCGGAGUUUGUGAAGGUUAUGGAACCCCUGUUCAGGCAACUGGCCAAGUGUGUCUCCAGCCCACACUUCCAGGUGGCCGAGAGGGCGUUGUACUAUUGGAACAAUGAAUACAUCAUGAGCUUGAUCAGUGACAAUGCAGCCAAAAUUCUCCCCAUCAUGUUCCCGGCACUCUACAAGAAUUCCAAAAGUCAUUGGAACAAGACAAUCCAUGGUUUGAUCUACAAUGCACUGAAGCUGUUCAUGGAGAUGAACCAGAAGCUGUUUGACGACUGCACACAGCAGUACAAGGCAGAGAAGCAGAAAGGGCGGUUCAGGUUGAAGGAACGAGAAGAGAUGUGGCACAAGAUUGAGGAGCUGGCCCGCCAAAAUCCUCAGUACCCCAUGUAUUGCGCCCCCCCACCCUUGCCUCCUGUUUAUUGCAUGGAGACGGAGACCCCCACUGCAGAGGACAUACAGCUACUGAAGAAAACGAUGGAAACGGAGGCUGUGCAGAUGCUGAAAGACAUAAAGAAGGAGAAGGUUUUGCUGCGUCGGAAAUCGGAGCUUCCCCAGGACGUCUACACCAUAAAGGCCCUGGAAGCGCACAAGAGAGCGGAAGAAUUCCUCACCUCGAGCCAGGAGGCGCUCUGACGGGCUAGGGAGCCCCUGGAGGGAACACAGAAAUGCACUUUGUUCUAAUGUAUAACUAGGGAAUGAACAUGGUGAGCUGUGCCUGUCCUCCGCUCCAUUCUCAUUCUUUCAGGUUAGAUUUGAUUUUACAUUGUACCUCAUAUCCCCCACGACACUGUCACUCCCUCCUGCUUUCGCCUCUUUACAAAGCUGUUUUUUGUGUGCACGUGUGAAAGGGAGCCUAGCCCCAUCCACGAGGGGGUCAUUCCACACAAGGGUCAUCCCUGCUCCUCCUCCUGUUUCCCCCCCCCCCCCCAAUCAAUCUACUACAGUCCCAGGACCAAAGCAUCGAGAAUUCAGCCGCAAACUUCCAGCAGCCUUAGCCCAAGCUGGCGCCCUGCAGGUGUUGUGGACCACAAAUCCCAUCAGGUAGUCCAGAACAUCUGGAAGGCACCAGAUGGUCAAAGGCUGGUGCUACAGUAAUAAUUCACUACAGCCCCCUAGCAAUUGUUUAUACCCCCCCUUUUUUAUCUACACCCACACAAUGAUAUGGUCUGAAGAAUGCAACAUAUUAUGUGAAACUGGCAGAGCUGCUCGCUUCAGUCUGCUUCCUAGGGAUCAAGGCAGGCUUGUUCCUUGGGGACCAAGCUAGAUUUAGGAACAUAGUUUUGCUCCCUCCCACCCCGGAAUAAAUGGCUAAUUAGAGAGUACCGAUUUGAUUUGAUCUGAUCUAUAUGAAUAAGGGCCGCUGGCUUUUUUGUUGGGUUCUGUGCAAGGAUGUAAUCAUUGUGUGUGUGUGUGUGUGUCAGUGUCAGUGUAAGAAAGAGAUCAUGAAUGCAAAUGGAGUGCGAGUCAGGGAAAUUUACAAUUUGUUCUAUUUGCACUCCCCCCCCCCCCCAAUUGCAGCACAGUGGCAGCCUUACAUAGUUCUAGGUCUGGUCUGUGCUUUUUGCUGCUCGAUCAUUUGGAUUGUCCGUCCCAAAUACAGACUAGUGAUUGAUCUACACAUUUACCGCACAAGAGCCUCCCUUACGAACUGGUUGGCUUUUCUCUCUGCAGUUUCAGCUAGAACUGGAGCGAGAUUUGACGCUUUCCAGCAGAUUUUCCUACUUGCUCCAACCUCCCUUUCUCCACUGUUGGGUUUCUAAGCUUGGGAGAACACUGGACAAAUUACUUCCUGACUAAAUUCACAGCACACAAACAGCUUUGAAAGCAUUUUUCAUAUUGGGAACAAGGGUGGGAGGGGACUUGACUGCACAAGCCAGGAAACACCUGUUGCUGUUCUCUUAAUAGGGAUCAGCACUUCGUUUGCUGGGGGGGGACAGGGACUAAGCCUCAGUGUGCUCAAGUUCAUUUCAGCCGUUCUAGUUCCUUUGGCCUCAUCUUGGAAAGUCUCGGAGCAAGAGAUAGCAAAGGCCAGAGAGGAUUACCCCAUUUCCCGUAAACUAUAGUUUUUUGCUUGUGAGCCACUGACUCAAAUCUCCUGCUCAGUGCAAGCAAUCCAGAGCUAUAGUGUUCUAGAGGUGGCCAUCCAAUAUCCCCUUGUGGAGUUCCUGUAAGUUACAGCCUUCCUUGCCUCUAGGUAAUUGGCUCCAUUGUCAAACUGCUCUUCCCUUCGAAAUUUCCUAUUAGUGAACCAAAAUAUAUCCUCCUGUAAUUUAAGGCCCUAAGAGCUACUCUUGCCCUCCCCUCUAGGGGCAGAAAAUGACAAAUGGUUGCCUUCUUUGUGAUAGCUUUUCAGGUAUUUCAAGCGCUAGCAUGUCCGCCUUCAGUCUUCUCUUCUACAGCUGUAACAUCCCCUGUUACUUUAACGUAUCCCUAUGAGACUUGUUUUCUAGAGUUGACCAUGUUUGUUGGCCUCCGCUAAAUCCAGUUGUCUAUAUCAGGGGUUCCAUGGACCACCGGUGGUCCAGGAAAUGUGUUUGAAGAACAGAUACAAUUUGAAUUCCAUAGAAUUCUAUACAAUUCAAAUUGUAGUACAGUAUGAGAAAUAAAAGAAGCAAUAAAAAUACAAGUAAAAACCAUACAGCAUCAAGCACAGCAGGUUACAACAGGCAGAGAAAAACCAUUAAGUGGUCUCCCUCAAAGUUGGGGCACCCAGAACUGGACACAUUACUCCAGAUGUGGUCUGACUAGUGUAGAGUAAAAUGGAACUAUUACUUCUCAUCUAGCCUAUAUUUAACCAGUUCACCAACAAAAAUGUUAAAAAGACUUUGCCAAAUGCUUAGCUGUAAUAAAUUACAUCCAGAGCAUUCCCACACUCCAAGCUAACGACCUGAUCAAAAAAGUCUGAGAUUCUUGACAAAUCCAUUAUGACUUCAACUAAUUGCUAUCAAAAUUGUAUAUAUACAUAAUUUGUUCUAGUCUCAUAGUCAGACUGACCAGUCUAUGAUUUCCUAGAUAUUUCUUUUUGCAAAGUGGAGCAACAGUUGCUUGUCUCCAGUCCUGUGAUGCCUCACAACCAUUCUCCAGGGUUUUUCCAAUUAGUGCUUCUGCAAGUAAACUAGUGACUUCCUUUAGUACUCUACGAUGUGAUCUAUAUGCCCUGAAGCCUUGAACUCAUUUGAGGUAGCUAGGUAGUUUCCUGACCAACUCCUUAUUAAACUUGAAUUAGCUUCAUAUGCUGCCAUUGUUUACAGAUUGCUGAUUGAAUUUCAGAAUCAUGCAAGGUCACAAAAGGGGAGGACCCUCAUUCCUAAUCAAUUCCGCAUCAACCUUCUGUUUUAUGAAUUCUGACUUGCGUUUCCCCACCUCAGAUUCUAGGUUCCAGUCUUCUACAAUUAAUUUAAGGCUGUAAGUCCAAGUACACCCCAUUGAAAGUAAGUAAAUCCCAUUGAAAGCAGUGAGGCAACUGUGGGGUGCAGGAGGUUCAGACUGCAAGCCUCUUUCUCCAGUCUACAUCACACUUUAAAUCUUCAUACGCUGUAUUGCAUUAUCUACACACCUACUUCACUUCUGUUGUGUUUCUCCCUAUUUCUUCUGUACCUAUAUUAAUUUUGUUCCAAGUUCCCUAAAGCCCAGUUUCAUAACUCUGCCUGCAUCUCACUGAAGGUACCCACUUUCCUAUACUGGUAACUGAUCUGCACCGUUGCUUUUCUGAAUUUGCCAAUUAGUUUGGAAAGGAAGGUGAGGCACAGGCUAUUAGUACUCUGACAUCCAGCCCAUCAAUCAAUCAAUCAAUCAAUCAAUCAAUCAUAGCUCCUCUACUGUCUGCUGCCAAAAUAUAUUCCAUACCCAUUGAAGAUGCUCUGGCUGACGUGAACAGUUUCUCUGAACACUAAAGCCCUUCUUUGAGUGAGAUCUGCUUAAACCUCUUGCCAUGUGCCAACUGAAGCAGCAAGAGGGAAGCGGAAAACCAUGACACAAAAGGGAAGGGGGAGUUUUGAUUAAAUAUAUUUGCCUGUCUUUUCAGUGGUAGAAUUGAAUAGGAACCAGAAUGAACCGAGUAGCCACUGGGCUUCAGGUGUAGCUUCUGGAGGGACAAUAUUGACUUGGAACUCUUCUAAAGCAAAGUACAAUUCAGUCAAUUUGUGCCCCCCACCCCCACCCAAGGCUGGGCUCUGCAGACGAGAACUAUAGGGCACAUCCCCCCACCUAGCCCCAUACACAACACAGCCCUUCUCUGCCUGCUGGAUUUUUGCAAUGGUGGAGCAGGGCUGCAAUUGAGCAUCAUGUGCUGUAUGACUUAGAUGUAAAUAUAGCCUCUGUCUAAUCUUUGUUUGGGGUCAGGAACUUGUGUUUGGUACCUAACAUUAAAGUUUAGUUUGCUGCCAAUUCAUUCCAGUGUCCUAUGUAUCUUCACGGGGAUGGGAGAAGCUGUGUGAGAAAGGGGGUGAAAGAACGAACGCCUCCAGCCAAAAUGAGCACCUCAAGCACACGGCUUCAGGUCACUAUUCACUUUAAUCCAGCUCUACUUU